CUAUGACUUUAAAUGGACAAACAACAACACAGAAAAGCUGUUGUGUCGCCUUUGGAACAGCUGGUCCCAGACACUGUUACAUGGAUCAAGUUACUCACAUACCAUGAAGACAUGGGGCAACAAGGAGUUCUGGGGCUUAGGAUCUGAGUUUGAUCCCGACUGGCUGCUGACAGACCAGCAGAAGCAACUCCGGGCAGACUUGAUGGACGUGUGUCGGACAAAGAUCCGUCCACAUGCAAUUCAGUGUGAUCGCAAUUACCAGUUCCCAAGACAGUCCGUAGAAGACCUGGCUGAGCUAGGUUUGAUGGGUCUCAUCAUCCCGAAGGAGUUUGGUGGCCUUGGUGAGAACCAUAUUUGUGCCGCCAUGGUGGUAGAGACUCUUGCUCGCUAUGGCUGCCCUUCUACUGCUAUGAUUUACACUAUGCACCUGGCCUCUUGUUCAGUUAUACUAUUCCGCUACCACAACAACCCACACCUGCAGCAGCUCCUCACCCGUAUCACCCAGGAGAAGCUCCUAGGUGCUGUGAGUGCCUCUGAUCCGGCCACAGGUGGACACGAUUGGUUCCCGCUGUCCUCAAAGGUAAAAUAUCUAGAUAAACGAACCAUACAGAUGCUCAAGUUUGGUUCAUGGACAACAAGUGCAGGAUUUGCUGACUUCUACACCAUCAUGACUGUCAGUCCAGAGUAUAAUGGGAAUUAUUCCAAUCUCUCUAUGUUUGUUUCUUACCAGGAUGAGAUCCGAGCAUCGACCGAUAACUGGAGCGCUCUUGGGAUGCACGGCAAUCAAUCUGGUCCAAUAGUGGUGGAAGGCAAGUUUGACCUUGAGAGGAUGAUAGGGUCUCCUUAUGAUGGAAAAAAGAUUAUGGAGGAAUGUAUUGACACCUUUUUCCUCCUGCUCACAUCCUCCUGCUGGAAUGGCAUUGCCCUUGGCUGUAUAGAUCUUGCCAAGAAACAUGUUACUCAUCAGGCUCAUGCUGAUGUAGGCAUGCGUGUGUGUGACUACCCUUGCAUUCAGGACUAUAUAGGAGAAUCAAUUAUUGAAACCAACAGCUCAAGGUCCAUGACAUUCCUAUUAGCACAGUCACUGGAUACAGUCACCAAAAAUGGUGACUGGAGUAUUCAUUCAGAUUUUGACCAAUUACCAAGGACUGGUUGUAUUCACUGGUUAUGGCAACUCAAAUUUGUUGCAGCAAAGAAUGUUGGUGCAGUAACUGAGAAGAUGCUAUAUGCCUGCGGCGGUUCUGGCUAUAAGACUAAUCUUGGAUUGGAACGUCUCUUUCGGGAUGGAAAAGCUGGAUGCAUUAUGGCCCCAUCAAAUGAAGUUCUUCGGAACCUGGUAGGGGUCGCUGCCCUCACUGGUUUUACGUCUAUAGAUUUAUGGGAGGAAUCGACCAAUGAGCGUAUAAUAAACCGAGAAGUGAGGAAAAUGACGGCAGAAGAGAAGGUAGCGAUGGGUCAACGGUUGCUUGAUGAAGCUGCCCAAGAACAAGAAGGCAAUAUUGCCAAACAUCCUUACCAAGAGAGUGACUUUGAUAACCCCUUUAAUACGGCUCCUCCUGCUGUUGUCCGUGAGGAAGUAAAGACAUCAGAUGGUAUACUGCACAAACCAGCGCUCAACCCAGACUCAUGGACAGAACUUGCCCUCUCGACACGUGAAGACAUCAGCGAUAAGACGACUUCCUUUGUAUUCUCUUUGCCCAAUACUACAGACCACACUGGUUGUCUCCCUGGGCAGUAUGUUACAGUACGGAUAACUAACAAAGGGAAACAGCACCUUCGAUAUUUUUCACCUGUGUCCCGUCCAAAUGACUAUGGUCGUAUCGAGUUGGUGCUGAGGUACGAGACACAAGGCAUCAUCUCCAAUCAUUUCAAGGCUCUCCAACCUGGAGAUAAGGUGGAAUUCCAAGGACCCUGUGGAGGUUUCGAGUAUGUGGCCAGCCAGUUAGAUGAAUUAAUACUCCUUGCUUCUGGAGGAGGAGUCACCCCGGCCCUCCAGUUAAUUCGUAGUCUAGUCAACAGUCCUGCAGACCCCACACGCUUCACCCUCCUCUACUUCUCAGACACCUAUGAAGAUAUCCUCUACCGCUCCGAGCUGGAUGGAUAUGCCAGUAAAGAUGAAAGGCUGCAGGUGGUGUACACCCUUGGGGAAGUGCCUGAAGGCUGGGAAGGAGAAGAAGGCUUCAUAGAUACCCAGAUGCUUAACAAGUAUAUAAGCAAACCUGACAAUAGCUUGAAACGCAAGAUUGUAGUUUGUGGUGGACCAUCAAUGAGUAUUUCUUGCAUCUACUCCCUGCAGACUCUUGGCUUUCCUCCACAAAAUACUUUCGUGUAUGGCCAGUUUGGUGCGGAACAGAUCAAAGCUGUUUAUGGGAGACAUGUUUCUCUGUCAGGGCACAGGUGUAAUGGCAAUCUCUGAGUUGAUAUUGCACAUCACUUAUAAUAUCAAGGAUCAUUUACUGUAUUUUCAGAAUUUUUAAUAUCAUGCAAAAUGUACCUAGGAAUCCAAUUUUGCUUGAAUGUGGCUCCAACCAGUACAGUAUUUUAUAUUGCCCUGCCCGGUCUUCUCAUUGAAUAAUCUGCGUAUUGUACUGUAACAGUAAAUCAAAUAUGGAUCACAGGUUUUUAUAUGAAUGCAGAAAUAUCAUUGGGGCUAUGAUAGCACAUCUAUAGUACUGUAUGUAUAUACAGCAUAUCAGAUUAGGCUUUGUUAGUCUAGCACCUUAUUUUAAGUUACACAGCAUUACAAUGAUGCCUCCAUACAACAGAUUAUCCUCUCUCAUAUUAUGUACUGUAAUCCAUUAAUUGGAGGUCUCAUAUAUUACAGACUAUCCUUUGUCAUACAGUCUGUUACAUGGACUGCUCUAUCCAACACACGAGUAGUCUGUUAGCGGUAGGUUUCACUGUAUUUAACUAUUCUGUAAUUACAGUGAUAUCUCCGUUAGCCGAAACAAUUGGUGCAGAGCACUUCCGGGAAUGAGAGAUUUCCAGGUAACGAGACGACUCUCAAAGCUGGAAAAAAUCCCUCAUCCCCAGAAUUU